UUCGUGCCGACGUCAGAUUUAACCCAGAAUAGUGAAGAUCAUUCUUUCUUCUGUAGUGUUGUAGUAUGCAUUUCACUGCUAUUUUUGAAUUGGGAUGGGUUUUUUACAAAUGAAUUAAUCUAUGUUCAGUUUCAUUACUACAAAUAAGCUAUAUACGAACGUCACUGCAGUACUUCAACAACCACGUUCACUGGCGCCGACGCAGGAGCAAAUCAAAGUUAGAUUGAAAUUUAAUGGACGUGUACUAUUUAAAGUUCGAGUUUCGACUCGUUCCAGUGACUUGAAAAAUUUCCCUGGUAGGUGCCGGCACGCUGUUUCCGCCGAUAUUAAGCUCUGAUCACCGCAGACAGAGCGUUGCAUGUUGACUGUUCUAUUUGAUCUUUCCCGAAUUGUUGGUAGCAGUGUCUUUUGACAGAUAGAGAAGUAACCAGUCUGGCUGCGAGUAUACAUUUGUGCGUGUGCAGUAUAUUAUUGUGAAAUGUAAAUGUGAAGGAAGUUGUUUCAGUGUUGAACCAGAAAUAACUGCGCGCCGUCGGAAUGAAAACACCUUUCCUGAUGACAUGAUACAAGGCUUUCGCAAUGAUUUUUAUGCCACCAGUCAUUCGGUAUCGGAUUAUAUUUACAGUUUGAGAGGUAAUUCAUUAAAGCAGCGCCGAUUGUCCCAGAAAAAUACGGAUGGAUUUAUGGUGCUACAAAAACAUAUCCACGUAGAGUACCAGAAGGAUUCAAUCAAUUCGCUGUAAAUGAGCAACAGAAUCCAGUCUUACCUGAGAGCAGAUAUCCUGUUAACUUGGCAGUGUAAAUGUAAUAUACAAUUGUGAAUACUACUUUGGAAGAGGCAGUAUACAAUAGUUGGCACCCGUGUGUAUCCAAAUAAACAAUAAAUGAACAAAUAAAUACAGUUUUUCAGUAAAAGUUGUUGGUACAGUGUGCAAGCUAGUUACAAGUGAAAUAUGGAAGCAAAUGGUAAUGUAUGUUUGAGGUGGAACAACCAUCAGAGUACAGUACUUUCUGUCUUUGAAACCCUUUUAGACAGCGGAACACUUGUCGACUGCACUAUCGCAGCCGAAGGUCGUUGCUUGAAAGCUCACCGAGUGAUCCUCUCAUCGUGUAGCCCUUUCUUUGCACUGUUGUUCAGCCAGCACUAUGAGAAACACCCGAUAGUUGUACUGAAAGACAUCAGAUUUCAGGAACUGAGAGCUGUGGUGGAUUACAUGUACUGUGGUGAGGUCAACAUUUCCAAGGAUCGGCUGGGAGGUCUCCUGCAGGCAGCAAAGUUGCUGCAAAUAAAAGGCUUGUCAGACUGUGGUGAGAGUAGAGUAGAUGGGAAGGUGGAAGUGGACAAAACUAAGGAAAUGUGCUCUUCAGUCCUACAGAGUGGUACAGCAGUUGAGCAAUCUGCAGAACCUGCAACAGUCACUCAGUUCCCACCAGACACAGAGGUAGUUGAUCUAUCAGAUGACAGUUUACCAUCUCCUGAUGCACAGGAAACUCUCAGUACAAAAGAAAAAAAUACGUCACCAAUCGAUUGUGCUCUCAGGGCUUCGCACAGUUUAUCUGCUCACCACGAGAACAAAAUUGGGAAUAGUUCUUCUGCAACCGAAAAUCACCUGAGCACUUUAAAUGGUACAUCCAAUGAACCACAGGUUAGUUCAAUGAUUUCAGCACAUGCUUUAACACCGUUGACUUCUGCUGCAUUUCCAAAGUCUGUGUUGGAAAAUAACUUGCCAGAUGUUCCAGAGAACAAGACUGAUAGAAUAAAACGUGAAAAUACUCUACUGCCAAAAGCAGCUUCAGAGCAGACAGCAAUCACAUUAAAAUGUCCUCUCCAGAAACCAGGAGCACUUACAGAAACACCAGUUAAAAGUGAAAGUGAGUUAAUGGACACUGACGACAACUUUGCUGACGAUGUUUCGCGUAAUUUUACAUUUAAUGAUGUGGACUGUGCAGUGCACCGAGAACAGCAGUCACCUAGUGACAGGGCGAACUUUCUCAGUGAGGGAAUGAGUAUUGAAAGUGUGGUCGACUGGACGUGUGACAUUUAUUCGGGCCUCCCCCAGUCAAAAAGACCUUGUUUCUCUAGGUGCAGAGUUUGUGGCAAGGUGUACAAGUACAACAGGAAUUUAACAAAACAUUUAAAAUAUGAAUGUGGGAAAGAACCUCAGUUUUGUUGUCCAUACUGUCCAGCAAGGUAUACUCAGAAUGGAACACUGAGGAAGCACCUUGAAAAACAUCAUCAAAGUAGUGAGAGUGUCAAGUAAUGUAACAGAUUAAACGUGAAACCUUAAUAUAUAUAUAUAUAUAUAAUUUUUUUUUUAAGUGCUUGAUAAAUUUCCCUUGCUACCAGUACAAAUGUGCUUCCAAAACUCUCACAGUGUGUAAGUGAACAAGUAGUUUGAUAAUACUGUCUCAAACAUCAAUGUUGCUCCCCAAUUACAUUCAAACCUUUAAUGUCCGCAUGCAGAAAACAGUGUUAAAGUUAGUUUAUUAGAAUAGAGACCAGGAGGAAAUCAUAUAGUUGUCACAAGUUACCAUUUGUUUUCAAGCAAAGAGAAUACACAUAUUAUCAUACUAAUGAUAUAGUGGUGAUGCAAGGUGACUGGAAACAAAUGUGCAGGCCAUAUCUGCAGAAUGAUUAAAGUGUUUUCGAUGAA